AUGCGGGACAAUUCGCCAUUCCAUUUCAAAGCUAGUUCAUUUAUGGGCCAAGCUAACUGCAUCCGCCGGAUCUGUCUCGACUUGAGCGCCGUCAUCUCUGAGCUCAGUCCAACUAAACACUCUUUUGCCUCGCUCCUUGCUCGGAUCUCAAGUGUGACACCUCCCGUGCCAAAUCCAUCCAUAUCCUAUUGGCAAGAAGAUCCGCCAUUUCCCAACUUAGUUGACAUCCAGUCUCCCGGUUUGCCGACUACGGCCGAUAUCGUCGUUAUUGGCUCCGGUAUCUCCGGCGCAAGUUUGGCAUAUACGAUCCUCACCCAGUUUGACAAACGUGGGAUUUCCCCGGAAAUUGUCCUUUUAGAAGCGCGAGAUCUGUGCAGUGGCGCCACUGGAAGAAAUGGGGGCCAUAUCAAGUGCUCGCCGUAUGUAGAAUAUGCAGGGCUCAAAGCGAGAUUUGGAGUGGAACAUGCGAAGAAAUUACUUGGUUUUCAGCGUCGAAAUUUGGCCGCUAUCCUUGAUCUCGUGCAACAGAACGAAGCAUUGAAAGCUAGCGAAGCUCGAGAAGUUCAGACAGUGGAUGUUUUUACCGACGAAGGGAUGUGGGUUAAAGCGAAGAAAAUGGUGCAGGAGCUGAGACAGGAUGCCCCUGACAUGGCUGAAGACAUUGUGGUUCAUGAUGGCACGGAAGCGUGUGAAACACCCCGUGGACAGAUACCUGCGGCCUAUGUCGUACAUGCCACAGACGCAUUUGCAGCGAACCUGCUCCCUGGAUUGAAGGGGAAAAUAUUUCCCGUGCGGGGACACAUAACGGCUCAAAAUCCAGGAACUCUAUUUCCCAAGCUUGGCGGUGCUAGGUCGUGGAGCUUCAUCCACAGGCGCGGUUUCGACUAUGUCAGUCAACGUCCAGGAAGAGGUGAACUUAUAGCAGGCGGUGGCCUGGUUCAAUCACCAGAACAGGGAAUGGAUGAGUUCGGUAUUUGGCGAGAUGACCGAACCUGCUUCGCUAUCCGCGCCUAUCUGGACGGUCUCUUGCCCACGAUGUUCGGGACGCACAACUGGGGGGCUGAUACCGGUGCCAGGGUGAAAAGGGCUUGGACUGGCUGUAUGGGAUUCACGCCGGACCUGCUGCCUUAUGUUGGUAUUCCGGACCAGAAAAUCACCCAGCGAAAAGUCCCAACUGCGCGCUCGAGCAAAGAUGCAAAACACCCGGCGGAAUGA